AUGGUGGGCGUUUUCCGGCGUUCUCUUUCUUUCCCCAACAAGCCGGUUGCCUCCCCCGCCGCCCCCCGUCCACAGAAGCCCCGAAUUUCCAGGCACCUCCGAUCCAUCAGUUUACCCUGCAGAUCCCAUCCAUUGAUCUCGUCUCUCAAGGACGAGAUCGCCAAUCUCAAAUACUGGUCGUCCACUGACCAACGCACUGCCGCCUGGCUCUGCCGCGGCCUAGCCGCAGUGAAACUCGUACAUGACUACCUUGACGACAUCCUCCAACUCCCUCAGUCACGUGAGGCCAUGGGUCGACUCUCCGCUACGUGGGUAGAGAACGUUCUAGAAGGCUUCCUCCGCUUCAUCGAUGCUUACGGGAUCUUCCAGAACCUCAUCCUGGGGUUCUUAGAAGAGCAUGUGGCAGCGCAGGUGGGAAUGCGGAGAAAAGAGGAGACGAAAGUGGAGUUGUACAAAAAAGCGAAAAAACGGAUGGCGAAAGAAACAGGGGAGUUGGGUUCGGUGGUCCGGGCGGGCGUGACGGUGGUUGGGGAGGUGGAGGUGGAGGAGGAGGAGCUGACGGCGGCAGUGAAGGAUGUGAUGGAGGUGACGGGGAUGGUUUCGGUGGCGGUUUUUGAAGGGAUUGGAAUGUCGUUGGGAUGGAGGAGGAGGAAUAGGAAUUGGAUGAGGAAAGGGACGAAGGUGAAAUUGGAGAAUGGGAUAAUGGAGUUUAUGGAAAUGGGUGUAAAGAAGAGUGAGGAAGAUGAAGUGAGAAUGAAGGAUUUGGAGGAGUGGAUUCGGAGUAUACAAGAUGGAACUCAGAAUUUCUUUAGGACUUUGAUGAAUACUAGAGUUUCGAUACUCAAUGCUCUCUCCCAUUAA